UAAGCCUUAAUUGUGGUGCCUAACCAACGGCGAUAAUCCCCAGACACUGCCACAAAACAUUUUCUAGUUCUCGCGGCCGUUACAGUACUCUUUAUCCAUCGCAAAGUUCAUCAUCAUCUACAACGUUUGCCUCUUGUCCUUCCUUCUGUCUUUCCUUCAACAAUGAUCUGUACACUCCUUUAGACAUAAUCCCAGACACCCACGCUCCCUACGACUCCUGCAUAUCCUGCGACCGACGAUACUCAUCAAGAUCGCACCGUCCACUACAAAGAUUGCAGUCUGCCUGAUCUCAUACUUUGGAAAUAUCACCGACUGCCCUGGACGUCGACUUCGACAUCCUGAGAUAGAGCCUUCCACUGCGCAUCGAGAAUCUAGCAUCUAAAAGACUGGCACAAUAUCCCCUUGAGUGGUGGACAACUUCGCCAUGCGUCGCAGUCUGCUCAUCUUCUUGUUCUCCGCCGUCGUCCUUCUAACCUUUGCUCUUCACUCCGUCUCAACUCUUAUUGCCCUCUUAUUCGAAGACGCCUCCCGCGAUGCGAUACCGCGUUCAGAAAUCCCGGCCCCGAACUCGAGCCUCGUCGAUACCCGCCCGCAGUUGAUCCCCAAGAUCAUACAUCAGACGUACAAGAAUGCGACCAUACCCCAACAAUGGCGAGCUGCGCAGAAGUCCUGCGUCGACCUCCAUCCCGACUACGAGUACAUUCUGUGGACGGACGCAAGUUCAAAAGAAUUCAUAGCGAAGGAGUAUCCGUGGUUUCUGUCCACGUUUACGGGGUACAAGCACAACAUCCAAAGAGCAGAUGCAAUCAGGUACUUUGUCCUGGCGCAUUAUGGCGGAGUCUACCUCGAUCUCGACGACGGUUGUGAACGAAAGUUGGAUCCUCUUCUAUCGUAUACCGCGUUCGUCCGUCGCACUGUGCCCACUGGAAUCAGUAACGAUCUGAUGGGCUCGAUACCCCAGCACCCAUUCUUCUUGAGAGUGAUGGAGUCUCUACAAGGUGCCGACCGGUCGUGGGUGUUACCAUAUAUCACCAUCAUGGCUUCUACUGGCCCGCUGUUCUUGUCCGUGAUCUGGAAGAAAUGGUUGGGCGAGCACGCGAACCUCGAUCCGGAGACAUGGGUUGGGAGGGUCAGGGUGCUGAUGCCUUCGGAGUAUAGCAAGCAUGCCUGGAGUUUCAUCAAGGAGUACAAGGGUGACAGCUGGCAUGGCGGCGAUGCCAGGCUGAUCUUCUGGAUGGGGAAGAAUUGGGCCCUGCUCACGGCGCUAGGGUUCCUGCUCGCUGGCGUCGUGGGCUUGGCUGUGUGGUGGGUGUAUUCGCGGCUGUUGACUUUGGGAUCAAGAAAGCGCGGUGCGGCGGGUGCAAGCCCGCGAAUGAGUCCGUUCCGGUUUGUUGGUAUACCGAGAUGGAUGGGGGGUGGUAAAGCGCAAAGUUAUGAGUUGGUUGAGCAGCAUGAUGCGUGAUAGUCUAGUCUACCUAGGUAUGUACAGAGAACCUGCUUACGACGGGCUCACUGUUGGUGUGGAGUCUUUUUAUGAGCGAUGGCGUUACUGGUGAUGAUAUACAUAAACAACGAUAGUGUCUAAUCUCAGGGUAGGUAUAGUCUGAUGGUCUAGCUAAUUGGUGCCUCAGCAUUGUGCUUUCACGGCAGGGCCUUGCUCCGGUCUGCACUGUGCGCCGUUAUUACUUUUCUGGCCCAGCAAAGUCGUGAAGCAGUGGGAUAUCAUUAUAAAGAUAGAACUGAAAUCCGGUUCAGGGCCGGCUAGAGUUGUAUAUUAC